AUGGUUAAGCCAGUUAAAAUCGGUGGAGAGUCAACAAAGGUUGAUAAAACUAAAUCUAAUACAGCAGCUAGACACCAUGAAUUUCAAAUGAAUAAAAGUUAUGGUCAACAUCUUUUGAAGAAUCCAUUAAUUAUCGAUUCUAUUGUCGAAAAGGCUCAACUUAAAUCAACAGAUACAGUAUUGGAAAUUGGUCCAGGUACAGGUAAUCUUACAAUGAAACUUUUAGAAAAUUGUAAAAAAGUUAUUGCAGUUGAAGUUGAUCCACGUAUGGCUGCUGAAUUACAAAAAAGAGUUGCUGCCUCACCAUAUGCUCAACAUUUACAAAUUAUUUUAGGUGAUUUCUUAAAAGUUGAUUUACCAUAUUUUGAUGUUUGUGUAGCUAACGUUCCAUAUCAAAUUUCAUCACCAUUAACAUUUAAAUUAUUAGCACAUAGACCAAUUUUUAGAACGGCAGUUCUCAUGUUUCAACGUGAGUUUGCUCUUCGUUUAGCAGCAAAACCAGGUGAUAGUUUAUAUUGUCGUUUAUCAGUUAAUACACAACUUUUAUCAAAAGUAACACAUUUAAUGAAAGUAGGUAAAAACAAUUUCCUUCCACCACCAAAAGUAGAGUCAGCAGUUGUUAAAAUCGAACCAUUCAAUCCACCACCACCAAUUAAUUUUAUCGAAUGGGAUGGUUUAGUAAAAUUAUGCUUUUCAAGAAAAAAUAAAACUUUAUCAGGUAUUUUCCGUGUUGGUAGUGUCAUUGAAACAUUAAAUCAAAAUUAUAAAACCUAUUGUGCAGUUUCAGGUAAAAUGGGUACCGAUGGUAGUGAUGAACAAAUGAAAGAUUUAAUCAUUAAAACUUUAUCAGAUAUGGAAUAUUUAGAGAAUCGUUCGUCAAAGAUGGAUAUCAAUGACUUUUUGAAAUUAUUAAACUCUUUCCAUGCUAAUGGAAUUCACUUUAAAUAA